CGAAGUUCAACCUUCCAACAUCACAGUCUUUAAACUCACUGUCGCCCACACCGCUUUCGCACCCCAGUUUCGCACAUUCAACAAGUCACUCGUUUUGUAGAUAGAGCUCUCCAAACCAUCAUGCGACCAUCGAAUGCCCUCUACUUGGUAGCGGCCUGCUGCCCCCUGGCCUUUGCGGACGUCAAAUUUACCGUUCCAGCUGCUGGAGCUUCUGUAGCAGGUGGGACAGCAUUCACCGUUACCUGGACAGACUCCGGAUCUGCUCCUUCCAUCUCGGAUCUUACUUCAUACCAACUAUUCUUGGAAGCUGGCUCGAAUACCGCUCCGCAACAACUCUACUCGCUGACCACGGCUGGAUUGUUCAGCGCUGGGAAUACAAUCACUGUCACUGUCCCUAUAGGUACCGGAGGAAUAGGAACAAAUGCAUACUUUCUUAAAAUGAUAUCAGUCGCAACAGCAGGAGGCACAGUCACGAAUUACUCAAAUCGAUUCACAUUAACUGGAAUGGCGGGCACGUUUUCCCAAGCAGUAAAAGAUGGUCUUCUUACGGUCUCUGGAACCACUGGUCCUGCUGCCGUCAACAACGUGGCGGCAGCAGCGGCUGGAACAGCGAAUGUAGAAGAGGGGGUUUGGGGAACGCCUUACAACCUACAAACUGGCCCGACAAAAUACGCUCCCAUGCAACCAGUUCCACCGACUGCCAUUACUGUGACGAAUACAUCCCCUCUGUGGCCAACUUCCUCAGUUGUUUUAGCAAGCACAUACCUGCCCAUUCCAAGUGUUCUGAUAACACUAACCCAGUCUCAAACCUUCAGCGUGUCGAGCCACGCUAACACUGCUGCCGCGGCCUCACAACCUACCGAUGACAUGCAACGAUUCCUGAACAGGUGGAAGGAUUAGGAUGUGUAUUCGAAUUUCGGGGUUAGAAUAUGAGAAUAUGGGAAACAACCUUAGAAGUCCAUUCACAAAGGCCUCGGAUGGAGUUCAGAAUUGGCCGAUACAUUGAAUUAUAGGAGGAGGCGGUCAUGUGGGUAUACCAUGCAAGAAGCGCUCAUCACAUAAUUAGAUCGCCAAGGGGCGAGGAGUUCAGAGGCGAUAAUCAAUUAGACGAGGUCCUGGGGAUGGAUCUCACCAAAUGAAUGACAGUGGUAAGCCAAAUUGUCAGCAGAGAUCUGAUAGAUUUGGCUAGCCAAGCACAUAGACUUGAGAUCAAGGAGGUCUUGCUGUCCUUCAGCACAUAGUAUCAGUGUACAAACCUGGGUUUAAGUGCAGUUCGCAAUCAAGAACCU